AUGGGACGAUUCAAACUAUUCCAUGCGGCGGAAUCCGACGAAUAUCCGAAGAAGAUGGUCGUCGUGGUCCCAGGUCUCGAUGCGAACUCCUUGGCCGAACAAACAUGCCCUCACUUUACGGAAUGGAUUCAGUCUUGUUACGCCUCACUCAAGCCCUCGCUGGAAGUCUGGAUUUACUGCCACGGCAUCAAGGCGCAAUCCCUUCAGUCUUGGGAACAAGUCUGUCAGGCGGGAAAGGAGCUGUAUCAUGAGCUGGUUGCACUCUGCAAGGAUCGCAUCAAGUCGCCCGACAGUAGCCUCGUCACCAUAGGGUAUCGGCUCGGUGCUUUCAUCCUCAAAAAGGCCAUCAUAGAAGCACACCAUCAACAGCACCGUCCCGAUGAAUCCGCCUUUUUCGACUAUCUUGAGGCGAUGGUGAUGGUAGGCGACCCAAAAUUGAAGGAUGCCAACCGCGAGGAAUGGUCAAUGCUGGUGCAAAGAUUCCUGCUCCUUUCGCCGAGCCGACAUCCCCUUGAUAUAUGCAGUCAGCAAGCACUGCACUGUCUGAAAGCCAUUUCCGACCGCUUCGAAGAGAUCACCGUCUAUUCGCGAUUGUUCCAUAUUACCUCCGAAACAAUCAAGGCGAAGCGAUUCUAUUGUCUGCGCAGUCGCACUGGAGCCAGAUUUGAAGGCUGCGUGUGCGAUGCGAGCUUCACGGUGAGGAAGUGGACAACCGCUGAUCUGGAUGAGGACAUGUCUGAGGAUGAAGGGGAGCAGAAGCGGUGUGUUUUCCAUCUCGAAAGUCGACAUCGUCGGAAGCUGGACCUAAUUGCUGCGAAUGCGUGGGACCCCCGACCAAGGAUUGGGAAUGAUGCUUGGGGGAGUACUGCGGAUGUCACACCUUCGGCCGGCGUUGAAGCUGGCGCUUCGUUUGUCUCAGCGGAGCCGAAUAGUUCGGUGACUGCGAUUGAGAGUUGCUCGUCUGCUGAUCAUUCCAACUUCGUUGACCAUUCAAAGACCUCAGAUGAGCCUAUUCCGCUCAGUGAAGCUGGAAGGAUUCCAAGUAUGAUGUCGGUCUGCUCAGGUAGCGAGUUUGAUUUACAUCAAGCCGCGAAGCUCCCAUGUCGAGACACACUGCUCUCAGCGUGCUCCAUCGCUGAUUCAAAGUGUUCUCUGCAAUUCCAUCCAGCUGAGGAGAUAUAUAGCCCAGGUUCAGCAGAGGUAACACCAUAUAGGCAGAACAGCGGCAAUCACAGCACAGACGAUCUUCCCGAAAAGAUGCCUUACAAUGAAAGCAAUGCGCGGGCGACCGGUCCCAAGCCCUACAGCCCACUAAUUGAUGCGACACGUGUCAAACACAAUACCUUCAUCAAAGAUACAUCAGGGACAAAUUCUGGAAGACCUCUUCCCCUGCAGAUGCGGUUGCCAGACCGGGCGCCCAACUUCUGCGGGCGGCAGGAUAUACUGGAGUCUCUGCGAGCAUUCUUCACCCAGGACCUGGAGACAUCCCCAGAGAUAGUUGGCACGCUUCACAGCCAGAAAGUGGCAAUCCUGACCGGCGUGCCAGGGAUUGGCAAGACGGCUGUUGCUCGUGAGUAUGUCCAUCAUAAUGGUUUGCAGUUCAGUUCCAUCAUGUGGAUACAGGCGAGCCAUAGGCAGAGCAUUGCGGAGUCUUUUCAUGAGACAGCAUUCGCUCUGCAACUGAUUGAAGGCCGCACCAAACACACUCACGCACAGAGUCAGGCGAAACUUAUGUCCUGGCUACGAGAGACCAGGUCAAACUGGCUCCUCAUCUUCGAUGAUGCGGAUGACCUGAGUGCUGUGCGGCGAUAUAUUCCGCGCUGUGGCCACGGUAACAUUCUCAUUACCAGUAGGUCAACAGAUCUCAGUCUUCUUUCCAACGCUGCAAUCAAUGAACUUUCAGUUAAUCCACUGAGUGAGGAGGAGGAAAGCGAGCUUUUCCAUGACAUCACCGGUCUCGGUCAGGAGCAGAUUGAACUUCUCGGGCUACGCCGCCUGUCAGGAGGUAACCCGCUUGCAUCAAGUAUGAUUGCCAGGGCAAUGAAAACCGAAGCGCAAUCAAGCACAAGACAAAGUGCUCGGGAAGAUGACUUGUUGAAGGUCCUUCAUUACUCUUCCGAGUUAGUCAGUCAACAGAAACGAGACCGGCUUUGCUUUACACCAACCAUGUGGCGCUGGGUCAGUACGAAUAUGGAGCAACUCACAGCUGAAGCAAAAGGCUUGUGUAGUGUGGUGUCCUAUCUCGAUGCGUAUGACAUUCCAGACUCCACCUUACAUAAAUCUUACGGAAGCCGCCCAAAACUCCAAACAUUUCCAGUCACAGAUCAGAGCUUUUACAAAGCCCGAAUCCAGUGUGUGAGAAGUGGACUCUGCUCGGAAACGAGCUCUCAUCGAUCUCUACGGAUGCACCGAGUGGUGCAAUCGAUUUUACGAGACUAUUUGACAGAUAACCAGGAACAGGGAGCUGCGUUCACUACAGCCGUGCAGCUGCUCUUGGACCAGUGGCCAUCUCAGCGAAAGUUCAAGAAUGUUGUCUUUGGCUACUGGCCGGAGUUCUCGCGCAUUCACACCCAAUGCCACCGCUUGUCCGAAGUUGCUGCGUCCGCUUUGACGACACCCGACCAAUAUGCUCCUUUCAUUCAGCUUAUUCUUCAAUGUGCCUGGUAUAAUUCACACGUCCUGAAAAAUGCCGAAGAAGACGUGGAACUGGUCGCCCUCGCUCACGACCUGCUGGCAAUCCUCCACCGGGAAAAGGUGCCAAUUGCAUCGCACUCACCGGAAGACCAGGACCAAGCGCCGCAACGACUCGUCCAUAUUGACAAGCGCACCUGCGGCUGGAAGGUCAUUGACACCAAGGGCCAAAAACCCGCCGACUACAUUGCUCUGAGCUACAGCUGGACCGAUCAAAACGCUGACCCCCACAUGCCAGUGAAGCUCACCAAAUCUACCUUAGCCCGCUGUCGAGAUGGCGGCCGCGUGGCUGACAUGCCGCGUCUUUACCGCGAUGCAUGUAACAUCGCCAGCUCUCUCGGGAUUCGGUACCUCUGGAUCGAUGCCCUCUGCGUGAUUCAAGAUGACCCUGCCGACCGCGAAGCAGAGCUAUCAAAAGUGGCGGAGAUCUACCGAAAUGCAUCGGCGACAAUAACUCGCCAGCAUUUUCCGAGGAUAAAGCUAAAGCUAUCUGAAGCUUCCAGUUGUAAGAUGUGGUUUGCGCCUUACUCAAUCUUAUGUCAUCGCUGUGCUUCCUCCAGCCAGAAGAAGCCUUCCCCUGGUGUUGCGAUUCUUCAUCAAACUAUGCCGGAUUUCCUCAAAGGGUAUCGCUCUGAUCUAACUGGGCUGGCGCCUCUGUCUGAAUUGUUCAAUGUCGAGAUAAUCUCACUUCCGGGCAUAGACAGACUCUCGACGGAGAGAGGAGAGGCCAAUGAGGGUAAAUUAGAGAACUCGCAGAAACAAAACCUUCCAGAGCCUGGGUGCUCAGAGCUUGGGCACACCUCGGCGAAGGAGGCACCGGGGUCAGCAACCCAGCGUAUCUCAACCGUUGAAGGUUCAGAAAGACGUGUUUCUCGACCAGACAUCUCCAGAUACAGUGACAGUGACCAGGAGAGCAAUCACGCCGCGCGUCCUGACAAGCUGAAAAGAGGACUAGUUAAGCAUGAGCCGCAGAGAAGCGACGCGGAUCUGACAGUACUAUCUGAAUCGGUAGAGGGGCGCCUCAAGACAACAACCGAGGCUGUUGAGAACGCAAUCCGCACCUAUAAACAAGAAGGGUCAUUCCGCACUUUGGCUGCAAUCAUCCGAGCACGGGAUCAACUGAGUGUAUACUGCGACAAAUCACCCCAGGCACUUAGCAAAUAUGUUGUGUUCACCACGUACCUUGCCCUAAUCGCAAUACAACAAGAAUGUCCCGAGGAGGGUAUGGAUCUCCUGCAGGAUCUCAAGGCAAGCUACAACAUCGAUGUCAGUACAGGGUCUGAUAUAGAUUGUUGCAGUAUCGGUAGAUUCCAUAUGGCCUGGGGCGACGCGCAGCUCGCCCUAUCGCACAACCAAGGUGCCCGCGGAUCAUAUAAACAUGCCCUUGCAGCAAUGGUCGUUGAGGAAGAAGAGGCGGAGACUCAAACUGCAGAGCGUGCCGAUCUUUUUGCCUUAGCGCAGCUCAAGAUCGCCCACGUGUACACCAAUGAAGGAAAGUUCCAGGAGGCACACAAUGCCCUUCGGGAGGCUGUCGCUCACUUUGAAUGCUGCGAUACCCGAGAAGGUCAGAUUCAAUACGCUCGGGCUUUGUAUCGACAGUCGCUGGUUUAUGGGCGGCAGGGAAACGAGCGUCUACGGAAAGUGAGAUUGGCGGCGGCCAAGCAGGCUAUGGAGAAUGUCUUGGAAGAUGAUGAUGAUCGGGCAUCAUUUUCUUGGAAGGAAAAUAUACCAGCGGGGGUGUUUGAGCGGUUCCUUCAAUUGGGGAUGAAAUGA